CACACACAGGACCAUCCUCCAUGACUGUCCGAGGUGAACUGGACUAACAUGAUCACUUACUCAAAGACCCACCGAAAGUCGACAUCGAGAGGCUGAGUUCCUUGAGCUCGGAAGGGGAGGAUGAUCUUCUCCUGUGGGGCAUGGAGGCUCAGGACGCGGCCGAGCUCCAGGACAAGACGAGUCUGACGCCCAGCGAGGGCACCGAGCCCGGCAGCCCGGCCCGCUUCACCCGGGCACACAGCCUCAGCCCCGAGCCCAGCCCCUGGGCCUCCUCCACCACCACCAGCACCACCACCACCACCGCCGCCGGGGGAGGUGAGGGAGAGGGGGGAGCCCUGAGUGGCGUGCACAGGGAUGGAGACAGGGCAGCGCCAGCGCCAGGCGUCUACAGUCGGGCCGAGGAGGAGCUGGCCCACUACGACUUCUUGGACCAGCUGAGGAAAGCGUCCCACGCUGGCGGCCUCCUGGACAGCCAUUCGCACAACGGCAGCGGCGGCACGUACCAGCACCACGUCCGAGGUGUCCACGACGACACGCCGCCCACCUGCUGGUCGCCGGGCGAACAUGAGUCACCGGACGGUCGAGACGGAGUCCCGUUGAGCCCUGACGCCCUGCGAGGUCUGCUGGCGUGUCCGUUCUGCCAGCGCACGUACCGGCGCGAGCCGGCCCUCCGCGAGCACAUCAAGUUCUGCCACGAGCGGGACGAGGCCCAGAGCGUGUGCCCCAUCUGUGGCUUCAGCUCGCCCUACCGGCCGCAGAUGGAGCGCCACAUGCUGCUGCACAGCCAAGCGCAGGACAGGGCCAGGCAGCCUCUUUCUGACCCUGCAAUGGAGAACAGGAAGUUCAAAUGCAUGCAGUGUGGGAAAGCCUUCAAGUACAAGCACCACCUCAAGGAGCACCUCAGAAUCCACAGUGGUGAGAAGCCGUACGAGUGCUCCAACUGCAAGAAGCGCUUCUCCCACUCGGGCUCCUACAGCUCGCACCUCAGCAGCAAGAAGUGCCUCAACGGGGGAGGAGGAGGAGGAGGAGGAGGAGUAGGGCCCUUUAACGGCCACCACCACCCAGCCUACCUCCACUCCCCCACGUCACCCCCUACAGCCGGAGGUCGCAACAGCGGUAUUGGGAAGGGCUCUCCGUACACCCAGGAGAGGCAGCCGGGGCAGUUGUCAACUGACCACCACCCAGGCCUUCAACAGGAGCCGGUCCGGGGUCAGGACCUGAGCCGGCUGUGGGACCCCACGGCAGAGCUCUCGCUCCGGGCCAGCGUCUUCAAGGGCACCACCCUGCUCCCCUACCUGCACUCCGGGAGCAAGUUCGAGCACCUGCUGCAGGAGAUGCUGCGGAGGGAGGUGCAGCGGCAGGAUGGGGGUCCCCUCCGGGAGGAGGAGAGGCCGGCGGGCCGGGCCGGACGAGAAGCCAGGGGCUCGCCUGAGGGGGGCAGGCCCAGGGAGGGAGGGGUGACGUGCCGCUGGUGCUCCCAGCUGUUCCCCAACGGCGCAGUGCUGCUGCAGCACGAGCGCUACCUGUGCAAGAUGAGCCGCGGCGAGACCGGAGCCGCCGCCGCCGAGGCGCUCGACAACCACCGGCCCAAAGACGGCUCCCCGCUCAACUUCUCCAGGCCCGCGCACGGCCCACCAGAGCCCCCGAAGACGCCCACGACGGCGGCGCUCAGCAACGGCUUCCCCAAAGAGCGCUCGCCGCUGCAGCGCAGCCCCUGGCAGGCGGUGCCCCAGCAGCUCCUCGUGGCCCUGCACUCGCCCAUGCAGCCCGGCCUGCCCUCUCAUCCCUACUGGCCCAACCCCGAGCUCGGCAGCCCCGGCGGCAACACUCCGCUCAGCCCGGCGGCAGCUGCCGACAUGCCCUCCACACCCCUGCAGGACCGCAGGCGCCUGCUCUCCUCGGGAUUCGCCUCCCCGCUCGGCCUGGAUCUCUCCAACACCACCACCGCCUCCUCCGUCGGCACCGCUCUUAGCUCUCCCCCGAGCCGACCCGCUCCGCACUGCAGGACCCCCGGGUCAGCCGGCUCCCAGAACGAGCCCCUGGAUCUGUCCCUGCCCAAGCACCAAGCGUUGGACCACCCGCGGGAGAGGCCCUGCAACGGCACGCCGCGGGCCGAGAGGAGAGACUCGGACGGGCCGUACCGGAGGCUGUCUCCUCCCCCACAGCCACUGUCGGGGUACGGGGGAGCCCCCCCACUCCAGCCCGGCACCCCCGCUCCCUUCGUCGGGGGAGCCCCCAUGUUCGGGGGCUCUGUCUAUGGGGCCUACCCUCUGUUCAACCCCAUGAUUCCUGCGGGGCUCCGAGGCGCGGGCCACGAGAACAUGCCAUCGCUGCCCGUCAACAGGGCGGCGCCAAACGCUUUCCUCUCCCCCAUGGCCUACAUGCUGGACUCAGACACCGAGUCCGUGCUGAAGAGGAUCCAUCAGGAGCGACAGGCGCUAAUGAGUGAGGCUCUGAACCGCGGCUGCCUGGACUACCUGUCUGUGAUGGAGGAGGGGCAGGACGGGGAGGGGGGCGUGGGGCGCAAGCGGCUGAGGAAGACGGAGGAAGGCCUGUACGCCUGUGACAUCUGCGACAAGACGUUCCAGAAGAGCAGCUCGCUGCUGCGCCACAAGUACGAGCACACAGGAAAAGCCCCCCGAAAGUGCAAAAUCUGCAAGAAGGCCUUUAAGCACAAGCACCACCUGAUCGAGCACAGCCGCCUACACUCGGGCGAGAAGCCCUACCAGUGUGACAAGUGUGGCAAGCGCUUCUCGCAUUCGGGCUCCUACUCCCAGCACAUGAAUCACCGCUAUGCCUACUGCAGUCCGCGAAUUACCCCGACCCAUUGACCGAUGGACCCGAGGAGAGGCCUCUCCAUGGAUCUAGAGCUCCGCUACCCCAGAACCCCGGCCCUGGACCUCAUUCCCGAGCAGAACGCAGCCGACGCCAUCACCAACACCAUCUCCACGACUCCAGAGGAGACGUCAAACUUCCUCAGCGACUCCAGCCUGGAUGGAGUGCUCAGGGGGGAGGAGGAGGAGGAGGAG